AUGAAGAAUCAAAGAGACUCUGUUAUCACCAGCAAAGACAAGCUUCAAGUGGAGAACACAAGACCGGUUUGGUUUGACAUCAUAGCAAAAGACAUCAACAUCAGCAAAAAGAAGAUCAAGAUAGGUCUUGUUAAUGUUGAUGCAAUAGUAGACAGUGACAUACCUGAACAACUAAAUGCACUUCACCCACAAGUAGAGAUUACAUCUAUUCAUUUUGAACGUGUCAAUGAGAGUUUGAAAUGGAAUGACUUUUUUCCUGAGUGGAACAAUGAAGAUGAAGAGAAAUAUGGUCGUCCCAGAACAAUACCAAUGCCGUUAUUAACGCCCACAUUGAAGAAUUACAAAGAUCUCAAUGUUGUGAUGGCCAUGGUUCCAUGUGGAGAAAAGGAAGGAAUUAGGGAUGUGUUUGGGUUGCAAGUUAAUUUGGUGGUGGCUAAUUUGGCCGUGGAGAAUGGGUGGUUCACUGAGUCAGAUAGUCAUAGGAAGGUGUAUGUUGUGUUUGUUGGAUCUUGUGGCCCCAUGGUGGAGAUUUUCAGGUGUGAUGACCUUUUGAUGCAUCAAGGUGAAUAUUGGGUGUACAGGCCUGAUCUGAAGAAGUUGAAGCAGAAAAUGCUUAUGCCACUUGGUUCCUGCCAAAUUGCUCCUGGUUAUUCAGAAACAGGUAAUGAGAUAUGGAGGCAGCCUUUUCUACCACAAUCAUCAGAUCCAAUGAAGCACAAUAACACCAUAGACAUCCCAAAGCUAGCUUAUGUAACUGUCCUUCACUCCUCAGAAGCUCAUGUUUGUGGUGCAAUAGUUCUUGCACAAAGCAUCCUUCAAACAGGGAAAACCAUCUUUCAACCAAUAGAUCUACUACUCCUAGCCGAUGAAUCAAUCAGUCCUGAAUCCAUAAGGGGUCUAAAAGCUGCAGGGUGGAAGGUCAAGCGCAUUCAACAUAUCCAAAAUGCUAAAAAUAAUGCAUAUAACUAUAGCAAGUUAAGAAUAUGGCAACUUACCAUGUAUGACAAAAUCAUCUUCAUAGAUUCUAACUUGUUAGUGGUGCAGAACAUGGAUAGUUUAUUCACUUACCCUCAAUUAUCAGCUUCACCUAAUGAUAGGCGUGCUUUGUUUAACUCCGGACUAUUGAUAGUUGAGCCGUCUCAUUGCAUGUUUGAGUACAUGAUGAAUAAAACUUCCAAGGUAGUGCAAGGUGAUGACCAAGGUUUUUUGAAUGAGAUCUUCACAUGGUGGCAUAGGUUGCCAUCAGGGGUAAAUUACUUGAAAAGUGCUUAUCAAUUAAUCAAUGAAAAGUAUGAGGUUCUAGAGGAUGUGUAUGCAGUACAUUAUUUUGGUUGGAAGCCUUGGAUGUGUUAUAGAGAUUAUGAUUGUAAUUGGGACUUGCAAGAUCAUCAUGUGAUUGCUAGUGACACAGCUCAUCAGUUGUGGUGGCAGGUUCAUGACACCUUGCCAAAGGAGUUGCAAUCUCAUUGUGCACUUACAAGGCAAAUCAAUGAAAGACUUGUAAAGAUGAGAAAAUUAGCAAAAGAUGCUAGUUUGCCUGAUGGGCAUUGGAAAAUUGAGAUUAAGGAUCCAAGAAAAGAUGAAGCAUCAUUUAGAUUAGAUUAG